UAUGUGUGACGUAGUUUUCGGGAAUUUCAUUCGGAUUCGUUAUCAAGUAACUUUGGAAACAUCCGGAAUGCCUUUUUGCGGUUGAGAGGAUAAGUUAGUUUCACUUGAACUCUCGACGGCUCAACAUGUUCACUUGCAUUCCGUUCGCACUCGUAGUCCUAUUCAUUCAACUUUCAUAUUCAACGAAAUUUGACUGCUAUCCGGAUGAGAAGUACGUUUACCUGUUUGAGUGCCCCCAUGUAUAUAACUCUGGCAUGUCCAGGACAUUGAUGAGGGAGUAUGACAUGGAUGCCUGGUGGCCGUUCCAGAGGAUCUGUUGCCCCCCGCCUGGCAAUAGGCUUCCAAGCCCAGAGAUCUGCGUCCGAAGAUCACUUGCAUACCGAAUUGUGGGUGGUUUGGAUGCAAAACCAAACGAAUACCCCUGGUUGGCCAUGCUCCUGUACCUGAAUAAACUCACCUUGGAGAUCACACCCUCCUGCACGGGCUCCUUGAUCAACAAUCGCUAUGUCCUGACCUCAGCCCACUGUGUAUAUGGAUUUUCAAGUCACUUGUCGCUGAAAAGAGUACGUCUCGGCGAGCAUAACACCGCCUAUGAUCCAGGAUACAAUCGGGUCUGCAGGGACCAUAACAACCAUUGUGCCCUUCCAAAUCUGGAGAUCGGAUUCGAGAGGAUCAUAGUGCACGGGGAAUACAAAGGCAUUAGCGAAUGGAAAACCGAAUACGACAUCGCCCUCGUACGACUCAAAAUGCCAGUGCGCUAUAGGACAGGCAUCCUGCCCAUAUGUAUUCCAAAGCACGGCCUCUUCGCGGAAUCCCAAUUUGAAAUAGCCGGAUGGGGCAAAACGAAUGAAUUUAGUCAAUUUAGUAAAGUACUGAAGCACGGAUUCAUCCGGAAAAGGAAAAUGGGAAGGUGCGCAUCCAUGUUUCCGCAUCUGCGCUUAAGCAACAGCUUACAAAUCUGUGCCGGCGGCGACAGUGCCGUCGAUACCUGCGAUGGGGAUUCCGGCUCACCGCUGAUGGUCACGAUGCCCAAUGGUAGUGUUUACUUGGCUGGCAUCACCUCCUUUGGCGGUGAAAAUUGCGGCCAGAUUGGACGUCCUGCAGUUUACACCAGAACCAGUGCAUUCCUGCCAUGGAUAAAUGAGGCAUUGAAUAUUGAAUAAUGGUGAGACAGUUUAAAGUGGAUUAGUUUUAUUUUUGUCAAAAGAACUCGUAAAAUAUACACAAAUACACGCAGGUAAAUACUGUUACGAUUACAAGAAACCCCACAACACGCAAAUGACGAUAAAUUACAAUAGUGACUGUUGACAGAGACAUUGAGAGAAAGAGAUUGGCUGGCGCGGGCAGCUCCGG